AUGACGAAUGAGGACUCAAUGAAUGCAUCUGGGCAACCGGGAGAGGGCGGAAAGACUGCCCACUGGCCUGCGGCAGAAGGUGAUAGAGCAGCUGGAUCUGAGGAUACUGGUGAGGCACAUCCUACACCAGCAAAAGAGAGUGACCCUCUACAGCCUAAGAUGGUCAAUGUUAACAAAGAGCGUGUCCUCGUUGUUUCCCUGACGCCGGAAAAUGGGCGUGAGACGUGGAGUCAGAAAGCAGAAUUUCUCCUGGCUGUCAUUGGAUUUGCUGUUGAUCUGGGUAAUGUGUGGCGCUUUCCAUACAUUUGCUACCAAAACGGUGGUGGAGCAUUCCUUAUUCCCUAUUGCAUUAUGCUACUACUCGGUGGACUACCGCUCUUCUACAUGGAAUUGGCUCUAGGACAGUUCCAUCGAUGUGGUUGCCUCAGUAUCUGGAAGCGAAUCUGUCCAGCACUGAAAGGUGUUGGCUACGCAAUCUGUCUUAUUGAUAUUUAUAUGGGGAUGUACUACAACACUAUCAUCGGUUGGGCCGUUUACUACCUUUUCGCAUCAUUCAGCUCGGAAUUGCCAUGGACUUCGUGUGGAAAUGAGUGGAAUACACCAAACUGCUCACACGUCACGAAUAUCACCAACGUCAAUGGCACGAGUCCAGCAAGGGAGUUCUUUGAACGAAAAGUUCUGGAGCAACACAGAUCCGAUGGAAUGUCUUACAUGGGUCCAGUUAAACCAUCCCUCGCACUGUGUGUGUUUGGUGUAUUCGUUCUCGUGUACUUUUCAUUGUGGAAAGGUGUUCGAAGUGCCGGAAAAGUCGUCUGGGUAACCGCUCUAGCACCUUAUGUUGUCCUUCUCAUCCUUUUAGCACGUGGUGUCACGCUUCCCGGUGCUGCGGAUGGUAUCCACUAUUAUCUAACACCAGAGUGGCAUAAAUUAAAAAAUUCCCGUGUUUGGAUUGAUGCAGCAUCGCAGAUUUUCUUCUCUCUCGGUCCGGGUUUUGGUACCCUACUUGCACUCUCAAGUUAUAAUAAAUUCAAUAACAAUUGCUACCGUGAUGCCCUGCUCACGAGUAGCAUAAAUUGUUUAACGAGUUUCCUGGCUGGUUUUGUCAUCUUCUCCGUUUUGGGAUACAUGGCACACGUGCAGAGUAAAUCCAUCGAUCAAGUGGGUCUCGAGGGACCAGGACUUGUGUUCAUUGUGUAUCCAGAAGCGAUUGCCAUGAUGAGUGGUUCUGUAUUUUGGUCAAUCAUCUUUUUCUUAAUGCUUAUCACAUUGGGGCUGGAUAGUACUUUUGGUGGUUUGGAAGCCAUGAUAACAGCUCUAUGUGAUGAAUACCCACGCACUAUUGGACGGAAAAGAGAAUUCUUCGUGCUCAUCCUCCUGGUGGCCAUUUAUCUUUGUGCUCUACCUACUAUGACAUACGGUGGUGUCUACUUGGUGAAUUUCCUAAAUGUUUACGGACCUGGGCUAGCCAUACUUUUUGUUGUUUUCAUCGAAGCUGCGGGCGUAUUUUGGUUUUACGGUGUGGACAAUUUUUCCGCUGAUGUUAAGCAAAUGCUGGGCCAUCGUCCUGGCAUUUUUUGGCGCAUCUGUUGGUUCUACAUCAGUCCUGUGUUCUUAUUAGUGAUAUUUAUUUUCUCCUUUUUGGGCUAUCAAGAAAUGUUGGGUACGGAAUACACUUACCCGGAUUGGAGUAUUGCGGUGGGAUGGGCACUUACGGCAUCAUCAGUGCUUUGUAUACCGAUUUAUAUGAUUUACAAAUUUCUCAGAACACCCGGAGGACUCUAUCGGCGUCUCCGAACAACAUUUAAACCAGAACCGGUGAUUCAGAGCGCAGUGCCUGGCCAUGUGGGUACUUCAGUGUGACAAGAUAGCGAGGAGUCCUGGUGUGCAAGCCGUAGCAACACAGUGCUUCAUUUACAACCGCGGGAAGUGUUUUCACCAACAAACUCAUCAUCUCAAAAUGUUCAUUUUCUAAAAUUUGUUGACAAUGCUCGUGAAUGUUUGCCAUCUGCAAAGUAUAGCUCUGUGUCUAGCAGUACAUCAGAGAUCUACCCCAAGAAAGCUCAGUUUAAAUGUAUUAAUCUUCAGGAUGAUUACCCCGUGUCGCUAUCCUUUGCAACGGAAUGGCUUGUGUAAAAAGUGUAUGGUGUUUGGCUUAUAAAUUGUACAUCUAAAUUAACCUGUAACUCUGAAGUUAAAAGAUGCCAGAAAUCGUUCUAAAUUCGUCAAUAUGUAUUUACGAAAUUUUAAGUAUUGACUUCAGAAUAAAUUUUUGUAGUUUUCAUUUUAAAAAGUAAAAAAAAAGAGUAGGUUAAAAAAA